UCAAUAAACCAUGCAGAAACAAAGGAAAUUCAAUCCUAAAAAGUUGCCCCACAAGUUCCAUGGACGCAAGAAGGCCAAGGAUGCAUCAUGGCAGCCAGUGAAAUUGAACGGUCCCGUGAUUGCCGAUGAAGGUGCCGAUUUCGGUGGCUUCGUAGGGUUGGAAAUCUUGGAGAACUAUUCGGGAGACUUUGUGAGGCAGGAAAAGCGCAAGAGUCGUGAAGAAGAUGAGGUUAUUGAGAAGAAAAAUAAACCGAAGCGUAAACGUUCUAUCGAUAGUGACGAUGAAAGUGAUUCGGAUGAGGAGAUUAGAAGCAAAAAGAAACAAAAGAAAUCUAAGAAAAAGAAAACUGCUAAACCGAGGGAUGAGGAUUCUAGUGAAGAUGAUUCCGGGUUCGAUGAUCAACCAAAGAAAAAGAUUAAACCCGUUAAGCAGACCGGAGUCAUCAAACCGAACCAGGAUGAUAGUGUUUCUGACGAUAGUGGGGAGCAAGAUCCGGUUCCGGUUUUUUCGAUGUUGCUGAAAAAACCUUCUACAUCGAAGAAACUGGAGACUCCUCAAGACUCUGGAAAGGAAUCCGUUGCACCAGCUUCCUCCAAAAAUUCAAGAUCAAAACAGGAAAAGAAACUGAAGCCAAACCAACGGAUAGAUUCCAGUAAAACAACACAGAAAAAAGGUAAAGAAAACAAUGCGCAGCUAGGCAAACCUGAAGCAAAACCUUAUUCGAGUGUGGAUUAUAUGGCUUGGACACAGCUAGGCGUUUCGGAACCAAUUGUGAGGGCUCUCGCCGAUAAGGGCUUCAAAGUACCAACCGAAAUCCAGAACAAAUCACUUCCGGUUGCCAUCUAUGGCCGGCGGGAUUUACUUGGUGCUGCCGAAACGGGAAGUGGUAAAACUCUUGCCUUCGGAAUACCUAUGCUGGAAGGUAUAAUGCGGAUGAAGAAAGCCAAGCAACCGAAUGCCGAUGAUUCGAGCGAGCACGAGUUGACACCUCCACCGGAAGAUAUUGAUAUGACGGAGGAGGAUGAGCAGGUGUUUGCCGAGGGAGUUCAACAUUUGAACAAGAAUGUUGUUCACACCGAGAAACCAUUGUACGGAUUGAUACUUACGCCAACGCGCGAACUUGCGGUACAGAUAAACGAUCAUCUGAAGGCAGUAGCGAAGUACACCGACAUCAAUAUUGCGACCAUUUUCGGUGGAUUGGCUGCGGUGAAACAGGAACGUCUGUUGCGCAAGUGUCCGGAAAUAGUGAUCGCUACGCCCGGUCGGCUGUGGGAACUGAUACAGAGUGAUAAUCAUCAUCUUUCGAAGGUGACCGAUAUAAGAUUUCUGGUUAUAGAUGAAACUGACCGGAUGUUGGAAAAAGGACACUUUGAGGAACUGAAGCAAUUAUUGGAGCUUAUCAAUGCAAACGAAGAUGCGAAGAAAAUGAGACGUAACUACAUCUUUUCUGCUACGCUCACUAUGGAUCACGAGUUGCCGGAACAUUUGAAAAAAAACGUAAAAAAAUCGAAAAAAGUGCUCAAACUUACUCCCGGCCAGCGUAUGGACAAUCUGAUCGAAAUAAUCGGUAUGACCAAUCCGAAGGUCGUUGAUCUCACCCAAGAUCACGGUACAGCACGUACCCUUACCGAGUCGCGUAUCUUAUGCCAGGCGGAGCAUAAAGACUUCUAUCUAUACUACUUCCUUGAUCGACAUCCAGGCCGUACGCUCGUGUUCUGCAACUCGAUCGAUUGCGUCAAACGGCUCGUUUCGCUGUUCGACUAUUUGAACUGUCAACCGCUCAGCCUGUUCGGUAGCAUGCAACAGCGUCAGCGGUUGAAGAAUCUUGAACGUUUCACGGCUAAUCCGCGAGCGUUGCUCAUUGCGACUGAUGUGGCGGCGCGCGGUUUGGACAUCCCCAACGUGGACCACGUCAUCCACUAUCAGGUUCCGAAAACGACGGAAAAUUAUGUGCACCGUUCGGGACGUACGGCGCGUGCGAGCAAAGAAGGCCUAACGGUACUGCUGAUUGGACCGGGUGAAGUAAAGGACUACGUUAAGCUUAACCAGGAUCUGGGACGCACACAAGAUUUACCGCUGUAUCCUACCUCCGAGCGGGCUAUGAAACAGGUGAAGGAACGCGUACAGUUGGCUCGUCAAAUCGAACGAAUGGAUCUGCAGCAGCGCCGUGAAUCGGCGAGCCGCUCUUGGGAAGAUCAGCUGGCGAAAGAGUUUCGGAGCGAUUCCGAGGUGGAUAGUGAGCAGGAGGAUAUGAGGCGAUUGGAGCAAACGAAGCGCAAGCGUCAGUUCAAGGCGAAACGUUUGGAGCUCAGCCAACUGCUGGCAAAACCAAUCAUUGCUGAUCAGCUGGAGAUGAACUAUCCGUCGUUAAACAUUGGCGCAAUGCAGAGCCGGCCAAUCGAGAAAGAUCAGUCUGCCAUAAGUCUCGUGCGCAGGUCUGAAGAACAGCGAAUUCUAGAGAAAAAGCAGCGAAGUAAUAAGAAAAAAUGAAG